AUGGUGUUUUACAUCAUUGACUUCAGUUGUGCGAUGCUACAGAUUUGUAUUGCCCUUAACCAGGGGUCUCACAUUGAUAGCUGUCCGUAUGGCUCGGUGUAUCUGUCACCCCCACCCGACACCAGCUGGAGGAGGACAAACUCGGACUCUGCAUUGCAUCAGAGCACUUUGAACCCGCAGGAUAUUUUUGCAGGAGGCUCACAGGACUUGCAGCUUAAACGAGUGCUUCUGCUUCAUGUACCAGGGCCAGAAGACACAGAAUCAGAUAUGGACAAAGAUGAACAAAAACAGAACUGGGAUGGCAAAAAGAAUGUCUCAUCAAGGUCCAAGGUCCCAGGAAUCAACAUAUUCCCGUCUCCAGAUCAGGAGCUGACCGUGUCACUGAUGCCUUCAGCCCAAAACACGGGCGGCGGCUCCCUGCCUGAUCUGACCAACAUCCAGUUCCCCCCUCCGCUGCCCACCCCCCUGGACCCCGAGGACUCUACCCUCAGCGCCUACAAUAGCACGGGAAACCUGGCCACCAGCCACUCAUACAGCUUCAGUUCCACCAUCCAAGGACAGACCACAGCCCAGCAGGGCAGGCAGGACAACAACAUGGUCAACCAGGACUCCCAACCGCACCAGUCCCUACAGCUCUCCCCCACCCUGUCGCCACCCCUCACCCUCGCCCAGGUAGCGGAGACCAUAGACGCCAUGACACUGGAGGCACAGUUGUCUCAGUACACGUUCUUCAGCCAGCCCUCUUCUCAACAACAACAGCAGCAGCAGACCACUCAAGGACUGACCAGGCUGGUCCAGCUCCCCUCCCCUCUGAACACCUCUUCCAGCCAGACACAGAACUCCAUGGAUAUGAACUCGCACCACUCCAUAUUGGGUAGUGUAUUUGCUGAUUUCUAUGACCAGCAACUCACAUCCAGACAGACCAGUGCUCUCUCCCAACAGCUGGAGCAGUUCAACAUGACAGACAACAACAGUCUGUACGGCCAGGGCUCCACCCUCAACUACUCCCAAGCAGCCAUGAUAGGUUUGAUGGGUAGCCACGGCAACCUGCAAGACUCCCAGCAGCUGGGCUACAGUAGCCAUGGCAACAUCCCCAACAUCAUUCUCACAGCCACCGGAGAGUCACCACCCAGACUGUCGAAGGGGUUGUCUUACAGCUCUCUGUCGGCUGACAUCAGCUUCGACGCGGACUCUCAGUUUCCCUUGGAUGAGCUGAAGAUCGACCCUCUGACCCUGGAUGGGCUGUACAUGCUCAACGAUCCUGACAUGGUCCUCACUGACCCCGCCACGGAAGACGCCUUUCGGAUGGACCGGCUUUAGAGCCGCUGCCAAGUUGACUGACUGUCUCGGAGGAACCCGGCCUGAGGGGAGAGGGAUAUUUUGGGAGUGUGGUAGCUCGUGGCUAGGCCCCAGCUGUGCAGUGUAUUCAUCCCACACUCCCACCUCCCUUCACCAGCCACCCCUUUCUAAGAGCCAUGGUAAGAUGAGCUAGUAGGGAAAUGGUCGGCAGAGUAUGCUUUCUCACUUCCUGAUGGAAAAGAUGGAAGGGCGACAUUGUCAUGUUUGGUGGAUAUUGCGCUUAAGGUUCUGCCUGUGACCAGUCUGUGCUAACCACAUACAUCCCUUAACUUGUUUAUUUAUUUAUUUUAUUAUAUGCCUCCUGCCAGCCUUUCUGUUGGAUGCUUUGGUUUUUGUAAAGGAAAACAAAAUAAGAUACAAACUACAUUGGUCUUGACUUCCAUUUGAAGACAUUCAAUUGAUUUAAAAUCAUGUCUGCAGUGGAAACUGCUUAUCUUUCUCUCACCUGCCAUACUAGAUUAGCAUGUCUCAUUAUCACCCAUCUGCUUUUUCACAACCGCCCCUCUAUUGGCUAAUCUUGCCAGUCUCACAUUUUCAUCAGUGCACUUAACCGCGCUGUCAUUAAUUCACACUAUACGGUGACUUCAGAAAGUAUUCAUACCCCUUUACUUUUUCCACAUUUUGUUCUGUUACGAGGUGGGAUUAAAAUGUCCUUUUUUUGUCAAUGAUAUACACCAAAUGCUCUAAUGUCAAAGUGGAAGAAAAAUUCUAACAUUUUUUAAAAAACUUUAUGGAAAAUUAAACACUAUCUUGAUUAGAUAAAUAUUCAACCCCCUGAGUCAAUACAGGUUAGAAUCACCUUCGGCAGCAAUUACAGCUGUGAGUUUCUCUGGGUAAAUCUAUGAGAUUUGCGCACCUGGAUUGUACAAUAUUUGCCCAUUAUUCUUGAAAAGAUUAUUCAUAUUCUGUCAAGUUGGGUGUUGAUCAUUGCUAUACAGCCAUUUUCAAGUCUUGCCGUAGAUUUUCAAGCCAAUUUCAAGUAAAAACUAUAACUAAGCCAUUCUAUGUCAUCACUGUAUGCAACUCCAGUGUAUAUGGCCUUGUGUUUUAGGUUAUUGUCCUGCCGAAAGCUGAAUUUGUCUGCCAGUGUCUGUUGGAAAGCAGACUG